UCUGUCUACAUGUCUCAAUCCAUAGCUCGUAAACUUUUAGUAGUGGGUGGCUCUGGUUUUCUCGGUCAAAGUGUGUGUAAAGCCGCGGCACAAAAAGGUUGGGAAAUAGUUAGUCUCAGUCGACGAGGUGAACCUGAUUCAUUUUCAAAACAAGGCAAACCUACAUGGGCGAAUCAAGUAAAAUGGGCUAAAGGUGAUUCUUUGGAUCCUGCUAGUUAUAAGGAUAUACUCAAAGAUGUGACCAAUGUGGUACAUACGGUUGGAAUUAUUUUGGAAAGUGAUUACAAAAAAGUGGUGAAUGAUCCUACUGUAUUUGGCGCGUUAUGCGGAGCAUCCAAGGUGUUAGGUGAAAUUCUAGGCAUGACCAAUCGUGGCAAUCCAUUGGAUCCUGAAAAUCAAGUAUUUCCCACGUAUGAAGCUAUCAAUCGAGAUACAGCCAUCACAGUAGCUAAACAGGUUGCAGAUAUACCUAGUAUAGAAUCCUUUGUCUAUAUUUCCGCUGCAGAUGUCUUUCCUUUGAUCAAUCCUCGUUAUAUUACCACAAAACGACAAGCUGAACAAUAUUUAUUUUCUCGUCCGGAAUUCAAAUCCAUCAUCUUUAGACCAGGGUUUAUGUACAAUGAUCAACGAGCAGCUGCCAUGCCUAUUGCAAAAGCCUUACAAACAGCUAAUCUACUUACUAAGCCUAUUGCCAAAGAUUUAGCAAGUUUACCAUUUGGAUCUAGUUUUACAACUCAUCCUUUACAUACUGAUACAGUGGCAUCUGCUGCUAUAACAUCUAUAGAAUCAAAAUCUUAUGGUAUAUUUGAUGUAGACGGCAUUGAAAAACUGGCUCACCACGCGACCUGAAUUUGAUUGGCUCAGUCUAUUGGUCAGUUGGCUCUUUUGUCUCCCACCAAUGCAAAACCCGCUCUCUCUUUUUUUUUUUAGAUAGAAUUCAUAUUAUCACAUUUUUUUUUUUUGUCUUUCUUUC